UCAUUUGUCAUUUUUCUCUCCAAGCUUGAACAACGCAGACGUUGUGUCAGUGCCAGGUCAGUGCAAAGCAUACUGAAAAGGCUGAAAAGUAAAAAUAAAAGCAAGUAAAUUCAGGAAACUAAUCGAAAUAUUGAGCAAAAUACACUCUGAAGAUUCUUUUAUUAAAGGUUCAAUUGUGUUGACUAAUUAGAUAAAACUCUAACGGAAAUGAACGCAACUGGUUUGAACGAUGACAAUGUGACGUGUCCCUAUGAUAAAUCUCAUAGGCUUCAGAGAAGUAAAAUACAAACUCACUUAGUAAAAUGUCGAAGAAAUCAUCCAUGCGAUAAAAGUGAAAUGCUAACUUGUCCGUACGAUGCAACACACGUCUUUCAUCAGGCAGAAUAUCAGUAUCACAUUAAUAAUUGCAGAGAAAGUGGAAAAGUGGUGAAUUUUAUUCAGUCAAUGGAGCCUUCUCGAAGUAUUGGUGCAGUACCCAUAGAUGUAGUAGCAAAUGUUUAUGUUCCAUCAACGGAAGAAAAUUGGGAUGAUGAGCCACCUGCGCAAACCUAUGACGCCAUGUCAAAUGCCAAGGAAAAAGGUGUUCUAAUCCCAGAAAAUUGCUUAUCAAAAGCAAAGAAAAAGCAAUUUAAAAAUUCUGAAAGAACGCGCCAUCAAAAUCUGGAGCAAAGUGGUGUCACUUUCAAUCCUGCUCCGAAAAAUAGUAGACGGAUUAAUAAGAAUGAAAUAUCAGAGACUAAUGAAGAGGAACAAAUUCCAUUACGACUACCACGUACAAAAGUGGUUUCAGCGACAAUUUCUUCAAAUUCAGAUUAUACAGAAAAGUCUUUGAAUUCUCGCCAACAAUUAAAUUCUAAAUCUGAGAAUAAAGCGUCAAUUUCACCUUCAACUGGAAAUUUCACUCAAGAAAAUAAUGCACAAGCAUUAUUUGAAGCAAUACUUUCCGAAGCUGCGAAAAAAACUGAUAGAACAAUUUCUCAAGCAUCGAAUUAUUCGAUUAAUUUUACUCCGAAAGAAAUCAAUGCCAAGGAAGUAAAUAUUCGUGAUCUGGGAAGUUUGCAUAUUUCCUCCAUUGAGGAAAUUUAAAAGCGAUUGAAUGUGGUCAAAAAAUUGGAAGAGAAUUUAGAAAACGAAAAAGCAAAAAUAAGGGAAGUGAUGAAAAAUUUCUAACAUUGAAAUUUGAAUAUUAUACAUAAUGAGCUUAAUAUGUAUAAAAGACACAUGACGUGUGAAA